GUAAGGUGGAAAAUAUCUCCACAAUAUCUCAAUGACAGUCCUUUUCCUCAAACUGAGGUGUAGGAAAACAUCAAAGAAGAGUGUAAUACUGUCUCGAAAGAGUAAUGUUUAACUAGUUUGGAGACAGCCCACACCUAGUUUUUAUUAUGGCUGUAAAUUCACUAGGCAACAUGAAACUCGACUCUGGUUCUACAUAUGAUAACAUACACGAAGGUUGUGCUAUAGUUCUCGACUUAAUAAAAAGGAGUAUGUAUAAAAAAGGUUCUGCAGCACAUCAGUAACUACCGGUAACCCAGCUUCAAACUUCCAGCCGUCUUUCCUUUUCCCUGCCCCUCCUCUAAUGGACUGACUUCUCCUGAGGUGCAAAAGUGUCACUCAGCUCUGAGGUGGAAAGUGGACAUAUAAUGGGCCUCAUGGAGAGCACCACUGGCCCAAGCACUUCCCAUACUGUGGAGGAGCAUUCCAGUCUCCCAUAAACUUCCAGACAGAGCUGCAGAGAUAUGAUCCAGGCCUACUCCCUAUCCAGCUCCAGAACUACAACCUGUCCAGCAGUGAACAGCUCACCUUAAGCAACAAUGGGCACUCUGUGCAGUUGUCUUUGUCGCCCCGUAUGUACGUCUCCGGGCUGCCUCAUCGCUAUUCAGCAGCUCAGCUGCAUUUCCACUGGGGCUCACCUAAUGUGUUGGCUGGCUCUGAACACACUGUGAAUGGCAAGCAGUUUGCUGCUGAGAUGCAUGUGGUACAUUUCAACUCUGGCAAGUAUCCCAACAUCUCCAUGGCAUUGGACAAGUCUGAUGGUCUUGCUGUGUUAGGAGUUUUCAUUGAGGUGGGCGAGUUCAAUCCUGCUUUUGAACAGUUCCUCAAAUAUGUUAACGGCAUUAAGUAUAGAGACCAGAAAGUGCAGGUGCCAGCAUUCAGUAUUCGAGACCUGCUGCCUGCUCAUCUGGAUGAGUAUUUCCGCUAUGAUGGCUCUCUUACCACGCCACCCUGCUACCCGAGUGUGUUGUGGACAGUGUUCAGGCACCCUGUCACCAUCUCACUCAGACAGUACCUGGCACUAGCCACUGCUCUGUUCUCGUCUCAUGCUCAAGAGUCUGCCCCAAUGCCUAUGCUCGGCAACUACCGUAAGCCGCAGCUAAUGGACAACAGAGUGGUGCUGGUGUCCUUCCAGGAGGGCUGGGGGCUGCAUGGUUCUCUUUCAGUGGUAUCUCCCAUGCAGAGGAAGCUGGUCAUCCAACAGCUGCUGAAAGGAGACCUUGCAGACCUGGCGGAUGAAGGACUCCAGCAACUUUUGCCAAAGAUCAAACGUAAGCCCUGGGCACCUAAGAAGUGGAAGAGCAAUCAAACCCACCAGCAAUGGAGCCAAGUCACUGAGAAACAACAGAAGAACAAAGUGCCAGAAAACAAUCCCUCUGUCUGGAAAAACACUGACACAAGCCCCUAUACGGGGAAACUUGGUGUAAAUGAAGAUGAACUGUGUUUUAUGUCCUUGGAAAAGAAUGUAUCUCUUCAGCUGAGGAAACAUCACAGAGAUGGCGAGAUGGUCCACACUCUGAGAAAAGCAGUCUUCCCAGAGCUAAACCUGAGGAGCUACUUAAAAUGCAAAUCUGAUUUGGACAUGCAGACCAUUAAAUAUCUUCUCCAUACCAGACCUACAGAAGACGCAGAUGAGCUGGAGAAGACUCUGACCAAAACCACCAAGAAGGAAAGACAGAGAGCCAUGUCACAGUACCAUGGUCCAGCAUUGACCAAGCUGACAGGACAGUCCCAAGCUACUGGCCUUAAGAAUGCCUACAACAUGGUCCCCACUAACCACAAACGUGAGCCCAUAGAGUUUGAAGAUUAGAACCCCACCAAGGCCGAAAACACAGGCUUUGUAGCACAUUCCAGUGCUCAUCAAAACCCUUGAGUUCAGUUCUUGUAAAUUUCUGUUUACAUUAACAGGAUCUGUAGUAAUAGUGUGUUGUGCUUCUGUUGUUAGAUAAAUUCUGCUUUUGCAAUAUUUAGAUAAUAUAUAGAGAUAAUAAGAGCUGAAUUCAUGACAUUUAUUUAUUGUCUUAGAACAGUGACAGAGCCAGUGAUUUUGGUAUGGACAAUAUGCUGGAUAUAACUAGCACCUCUUCUAAUGGACAGAUUUCUUCACAGAUUUCAGCACCUCCCAAUUCCAGUAGUCUACCCAAAGAUAGUCUGGACAAACAGUAGCUGUUCUAAACAUCAGCACAAAUCGCAUGGGAAGAUGUAGGCCAAAGUAUUUAAACAUUACAUUAAAUAACUCAAAGAUUAUUUUUGCAUUUUAUUGGGAAAAGUUUACUUCUGUGUGACAGUAAUUAUAUAGUAAAGCGGUUAUAGCCAUGCAGGAUGGAAAAUGGCAGCUAAAAGAUGAAAAACAAUGGUGCUUAAGCAUUUAAACAUUCCUAUGUUUUUUAGCAAUGUGUGGCUUUUUUGGGUGUGAGUUUAGACCAAAGAAAAAGCUCUCGAGAGGGACCUUUUUGUGGACUGACUUUGUGAGUUUUUACGUGGAGUGUCUUGAUCAUGAACUGUAAAAUAAAAGCAUUAUAUAAAGCACUAAAACUGCAGUAAUGGUGCCUUUU